UUGGAGGGACCAGCAGCCGGCCAUCAGCAUGGCCUCUGCCCUCAAACAGCUGCGGCAGAGUCCUCUCCUCGCCGCAGCUAUUUUCAUCACCGGCAUCGGCGGCACUUUCCAGUACGGCUUCCAAAUAUCCGUGCUCAACUCCCCGUCCACUUACAUUAAGGAGCUGAUCAACGUCACCUGUACCGAGCGGUACGGCCUCAACCUGCCGCCAUGGCAACUGUCAAUCAUCUGGUCCUUUGUGGUGUCCAUCUUCUGUGUCGGUGGCCUGAUGGGCGCUCUCGGAGCCGGGAGACUGGUGGACAAGUACGGCAGGAAUAGAUGCCUGCUACUGAAUAACCUGGUGACCAUUGCUGGGGCAAUUGUGAUGGCGCUCAGCAAGACAGCCGCGUCCUUCGAGAUGAUCAUGGCCGGAAGGUUUAUCUACGGCUUCAGCGCAGGCAUCUCCCUGACGGUGCACUGCAUUUACCUGCCUGAGUGCGCUCCCAAGAGGCUGAAGGGGAUGGUGGGAUUCACCAUGACGACCAUGGUCUCUUUAGGGAAGUUUUCAGGCCAGCUGCUGGGCAUCAGCGAGCUGCUGGGUACAGAGGAGCGUUGGCCGUGGUUAUUGGGGUUCGGUGGCGUGACGGGGCUGCUGCAGCUGAUGACGCUGCCUCUCCUGCCAGAGUCGCCCCGAUACCUGCUCAUCAUGAAGGGUGACGCACAGGCCUGCGAACAGGCCAUGGUGCGUCUGUGGGGUGGGAGCGUGGACCACAGUGGGGAGAUGGAGGACAUGCGUGCGGAGGCGUUGAAGGUGAGGGGGGUGCGGAGGAGAGGGGUGCUGCACCUCUUCAGGGAGCGGUCGCUACGCUGGCAACUCCUCACCGUCAUCUGCCUGUGUGUCACACUGCAACUGUGUGGCAUCAACGCCGUGUACCUGUACUCGUUCGAUGUGUUCAAGGCAGCUGGUAUUCCCUCUCACCUGGUGCGUUACGCUGCUCUGGGCACCGGCCUGUGUGAGGUCUUAUCCUCCACCAUCUGUGCUCUGGUUAUUGAGCGUACGGGCAAGAGGGUUCUUCUGCUGCGCGGCUUCCUUGGAAUGACCUCAACCUUGGCCCUACUCACAGUUACCCUAUACUUACAGACUAUCUGGUGGUGGAUGUCUUACUGCAGCUUGAUCUUCAUCCUCCUCUUCAUCAUCUUCUUCUCCUUUGGACCAGCUGGCAUUACCGCUCCCAUCCCCGGUGAGGUGUUUGAUCAGUCCUUCAAGGCGGCAGGUUUCACCCUCUCCACCACCAUCAACUGGAUCGGACUCUUCACCGUCGGGAUGCUUUUCCCUUUCUUAGUGGAGUACCUGGACUACCUGUGUUUCGUCAUCUUCCUGAUGUUCUGUUUGGGCACCGGCCUCUUCAUCUGGUUCCACGUCCCCGAGACACGGAACCGCACCGCUCUGGAGGUCGCCGCAGAGUUCCACAGGAUGCACAGCAAACACACACCUGUGUCCGACGACAAACACACACCUGCAUCCAACAGCACACACACCCUUCCCUCAGACGACAAACGCAAGCCUGCCUCAGAAACCACAAACACACUGGCACAAGUGGACAGGCAUACAUACGCGACUCAGGUCAAAGGUGAACCAGUGCACUCGGGCCAGAAUCACCUCGUCCAAGCAACCAGACUCUGAGACCUUGGCACUGAAUCUGUACACCACCAGGAGAAAUACCACUAACACAUAUUGCCCCAAUGCACCAAACAACACAGGACUUCAGCAGGAUGUGAUAGCUUAUUUUUAUACGAUUUCAUGUGAAAGUAAUAAAAUGUGUAAUUGAAGGGAUUCUACUACUGUACAAUGUUGACCAAAUAUUGGGUGAGCUAUACGUUUUUUUGGUUUUUUUUAAAAAAAAGCUUUAAGUGAAGUGAAAAUGAAAGCUGAAUUGGGAAACUCAAACUCCCAUUGUCAUUGUGACACAGCACACAAGUGCACACUGCACACAACUAAAUUGCAUGUAUGCCUCACCCGUGCAAGAGGGCAGCCCUCAAUGGCGCCCCAAGGGAGCAGUGUGGCGGGACGGUACCAUGCUCAGGGAACCUUAGUCAUGGAGGAGGAUUGGGGAGAGCACGGGUUAAUUAAAUGAUCCAACCAGGGCAGAGUCACUGAUCGAAAGACGAGUACACAGGUAGUACUAAUUACUCUGCCAAGUUACCUGUGGGAACUGUUUCUAGUUUUUACUUUUACUUUCACUUUUGACAUCUAUUAGCAGAACAAUUGUUGUAUCAUUGUUGUAUUGUAUUGUUGUAUCAAUUGUUGUAUCACUGUAUAUAUUGUUUUUUUUCCCCUUAUGUCAUAUGGGCCUUAUAUAUUAUCUACCUUAUCUAUUGUAAUUAAAGACCA